CCUGCCGCCACCGGGCGCUGACCCCCCGACAACAACGCAGAGCUCUCCCUCCCGGGCGCCAUGCAGGUGAACCUGGCCACGGACUUCGUGCCGGCCGACACCCCCCUCGGGACCGGCGGCCAGGCGGCCGUCUUCGCGGCACGCGCCGUCGGCGUCGGGCUGGCCACGCGCCUCGGCUGCCCGCCCACGGUGGCCGUCAAACUGCUCAAGGCCACCCGGAUGACUGCCCACCAGGUGGCCCUCUUGCAAAAUGAAAUUGCCCUCAUGUGGCUCCUCCGCGACCAGGCCAACAUCGUGCGGCUGUACGGCUACUCCGACGCCCCGCCGGGCAUCCUGAUGGAGCUCUUCGAGGGGGACCUGGCGGGGCUGCUGCAGUCGGACGCCCGGCUGGGGGUCGGCCAGCUGGCCGACCUGGCCCAGCAGUGGGCCACCGGCCUGGAGGCCAUGCACGCGCAGGGGGUGGCCCACUGCGACCUCAAGACGGCCAACGUCUUUGUCAGCCGGCGCCCGGGCGGGGGCUGGCGCGCGGCCAUCGGCGACCUCGGCACCAGCCGCAGCCUCCGCUCCGACCGGGCCAGUGCCCUGGUCCACGCGGCGCCGGAGCUCAAUGUCCUGAGCGCGCGCUACGCCGCGCCCGAGGUGGUCCGGGCCUUCCACCGGCGGCGCCCGCUCGACGCGGCGCUCUACUUCCCGGCCGACAUCUACGCCGCGGCCGUCAUGCUGUGGGAGUGCCUGGCCCGCGCGGUGCCCUGGCAGGGCUGCUCCUUCGAGCAGAUCGCCGAGCACCUGGCCGCCGGCCGCCGGCCGGAGCUCCACCUGGCCCUGGCCCCGGUGGCCCGGGCCAGCGAGGCCCUCGCCCAGCAGCUGGCCGACAUCCUGCCCCGGCUGUGGGCCGAUGAUGCCCUCGCCCGGCCGCCGGCCGCCACCCUCCGCCACUCGGUGGCCAGCCUGGCGGUCAUGCUGCCCGGCGAGCCGUAG